AUGUACAUCACGCUCUACUACAUCAUCACCCGCCUCUCUGACUCUCUUAGCACAGUCAGGGACCUCCCUCUUGCUCUUGAUCCCACAGACCUCACUGUCGACUUGCUUGAGAAGCAUCUCCUUGCAUCUGAGACCAGCAUAGUAGCUGUAGGCGCUUCUCGUGGCAUUCCUUGUACUCCCUUCUUUGAGGGGUGUUCCCCAUCCCCCCUGUCACCUCUGCCACUUCUGCUGCUGCUGUUGACUUCCUUCGUGCUGAGGAGGUUGGGGCUGCGUCUGCUCCUAGUGGGAGGCGCUGCAGUGGCAGGGGCAGGGAGGACAUGGUGGCGGGGGUGGCGGCGGUGGAGGCAGUGGUGGGGCGGUGGAGGCGGUGGAGGUGGCGUUGGUGGCGGUGGGGGUGGUGGUGGGAGUGGAGGCGUGGGUGGCGGCGGUGGGGUGGCAGUGGGAGUGGCGUCGGCGGUGGUGGUGGAGGCACUGGGAGUGGUGGCGGGAGCGGUGGUGGUGGUCGGGGUGGAGCUAUUCAGAGGGGAGGUUCUGGAGGCGGCCAACGGCAGCAGCAGCAGCGUCCGAGCGAGACCCCUUCGCCCCAGCAGCUUCGUGAGUGGUUUGCUCGGGUGGGGCGUCUGGGGUAGUGUUCGCUACCCGUAUGUUAUUCUCACAGGUGUCCGCACUGGUAUAGAGGCUGCUGCUCUAGGUGCUAGUGAGUCUGCUCUCUCUGGUCACCCCUCUCUGCCACGGAGGCGGGCAGAGAGGGGUGACCAGAGAGAGCAGACUCACUAG